AUGGAAAUUAAUAUUAAUGUGGGGACAUAUGAUGGCAAACUAUUAGGGUUCUCAUUGAAUGAUGAAUUCUCAGCGAAUAACACUCUCUACUCAUUUCCAGCCUCCACAUCAUUAAUCAAAACAACCUAUCAGAAUGGACGAUAUCUGUUCAUUGGAGGUUCUGAGGAGUUGAUCAAGGUUUAUGAUGUUAGAAGGAGAGUUGAAGUUACCUUAUUAGAACAGCAUAAUGGAACAAUAACUUAGAUAGCAGGCCAUUCGAAUUUUCUAUUCACAGCAGCUGAAGAUGGAAAAGUAAAUUUGUGGAGAAAUAAACAAUGGGCAAUUCUGAAUACAUUCCAAUGUGGAAGUCCUGUUAUAUGCAUAGCAAUUCAUGAAUCCGGAAAGAUCUUAGCAUGUGCAACCAAAGAUCAGAAAUUGCAUCUCUAUAAUUUGAUGAAUUUAAAAAGGAUAGCAUUAAAGAAAUUUCAUUUUAAUAUUGACAAAAUUCACUUCAUUUCAAAGGAAGACGAAAUCUAAUACUUAUUAUUUCAAUCCGACAGAAAGUGCUAUAUUGUCGAUUGCGAAACCAACAAGGUUGCUCAUACUAUAGAUUUUACAGCAUAGAUAACAGAUUCGAUACUAAAUCAAAAUUCACUUAUCCUUUCAGAUGCAAAUGGAAUAGUGUAUAUGAUAAAAUUGACAGUCGACAAUUAGAUAUAGAGUCAGAUUCUGGUGAAGUUUGUUGCUCAUUAGAAAAGGAUCAAGUAAUUGUAACUAUUUGAUUUGAACGAUCAAACAUAUUUGGCAUCUAUUUCUUCUGACGGUGACAUCAAAAUUUGGGAUUGCUUAUUAUAUGCCAAUGAAUAAUAUGAUGACAUUGAUCUCAAGAAUAAGUUAAAACCAAUUUAUGUAAUUCGAACAAAUUAGAGAUUAACAUGUUUCUGUGUGAGUGUUGUUUAGAGGAGAGGAGCAGAUCAAGAAUAAGAAUAGACCUAGGUUUAGAAACCUGUUGUGGUUCCUAUUGCUAAGUAAAUCAAAAAGCAGCUAGUUAAUAAGAAGCCAAAGUAGAUUUAGUAGAAAACAGGUGUGUAGAAAGUGCAGAAGAAGAUUCAAAAGAAGAAAGUUAAUGUAUUAAGUUAUAUAAUGAACCCUAUAUUAUAAAGUGUUUUGAAUUCUCCUUAAUACUCUCGGUCAAUCCCGAAAAAGCAACAUCAAUUUGCUAGCAUCUAUAGAGUACCCACUAAGUACAAGGCAAAGUCAUGGAAACCCUAAAUAGAGAGAGAGAAAUCUGAAGACAAUCUGGUUGAUUAAUUGAGGCCAAAUAUCAGAAUCAGACUACCUUCAUUGCAACAUUAGGAUUCGAGUGGAUCUCAUUAAUAAAUGAUCCCUAGGGAAUCAGAGAAAGAGAAGAAAAUAGAAAUUACUACGAAAGUGAUGUAUUACUUGAGCAGAAUGACAGGACCUGAAAAUGCUUCGAAGUCAAAGAAAUAUAGGGAGAAGGAGAUCCAAUCUCGAUUGAUGCCAGGAGUGAAUUCAUAUGAUGGACUUUAUGAUGAAAUGUAUGAAGAUGAUGAUAAUUGAUACUCAAACUUAUAAUUUAUAUAAAUAAUCUA